AUGGUGAGUAGUCGUGCGGGUAGUAGUGGUGGAGGCGCUAGUGAUAGUGAUGGUGAUAGUGAUGAUGAAUUGGAUCUUGCUAUGCAAGAGGCGAUUGAUCGAUUGCUCCAGCAGAGGCAGCAGCGGCGGCGGUACCUCGGCCGAUCCAUCUCCGACGGAAUGUACCCCGGAACCACAUUGCUGCACAUAUUCGAGAGAAGGUACGAGUUUUUCAGGGUCAGGGAGGAUGCGGCUGGCAAACCCGGACACACGCCAAUACAGAAGUGUACGGCCACAAUCAGGCAACUGGCGUACGGAGGCCCGACCGACAUGUUCGACGAGUACCUCCACAUUGGGGAGUUUUCAGCCGUCGAGUGUCUGUUGGAGUUUUGCGCGGGUGUUAGAUCGAUAUUUGGGGAUGAGUAUCUUCGGUGUCCGAGCCCUGAAGACUGCCAGCGGCUGAUUAAUAUGCACGGGUCGGUGCACGGGUUCCCUGGGAUGUUGGGCAGCAUCGAUUGUAUGCAUUGGGAGUGGAGGAAUUGCCCCGCCUGCAAUGGCGUUGGUCCCGCCAUCGGUUUCGUCGCCAACGGCAACCAGCACAACAUGGGAUACUAUUUGGCAGAUGGGAUAUACCUAAACUGGCCCGUCUUUGUGAAGACGAUCAAGCAUGCGAUCGGGCCAAAGAAGUCCUACUUUGCGACCCGGCAGGAGGCAGCGCGCAAGGAUGUUGAGCGCGCAUUUGGUGCGCUCCAGAGUCGAUGGGCGAUGUGGACCAGCGAAGAUGACACGGGUGUCGGUCCAAGCCACGGCGUGGCCACCGCGAAUGUGAACAUGGGGGUACCUCAUGGAGAGGUUGAGCGGUUGCGCGCAUUUGCCUACAUGCGGCAAAGAAAUGCCCAUAUUCGACUUCAGGAGGAUAUCAUCGAAGAGGUUUGGACGCGGAAGGGUGCACGUUGA